UUGUGCUGGUCGGAGCGCGGCGAGGACAGCGCGGCGGCGGGCUGCGCGGCGAGCAGGUGGCGCAGCAGGCGCGACUUGGCGCGCAGCUCGCCCGUCAGCUGGCGCGCGUGCUGCUCCAGGAGUGAAGCCCUCGCUCACCUUGUGCUGGUCAGAGCGCGGCGAGGCCAGCGCGGCGGCGGGCUGCGCGGCGAGCAGGUGGCGCAGCAGGCGCGACUUGGCGCGCAGCUCGCCCGUCAGUUGGCGCGCGAGCUGCUCCAGGAGUGA